GAACAGACACCUGUGUUCAACUGAAACAUUCAGAUUUUCUGAAAGACCAGAAUGAGCAUCCCUGAGCAAACUGAAAAAUUCCUGAAGGACUACCUGGAUGAGCUGAAUGAUGCUGAUCUACAGACGUUCCAGUGGUACCUGGCCAAGUAUCAGAGGGAUGGGGUUCGACCCAUCCCCAGGGCCCAGCUGCAGAAGGGAACCAGAGAAGACACUGCAGACAAACUCGUACAGGCUUAUGGAGAAGUUGAUGCCGUGGUGGUCACAGUGGAUAUUUUACACAGAAUGAAUCAUAUUGACCUUGAGUUCAAACUGAUUGAAGCCAACGCUGGUAGGAAUGAAGAACGCAUGUCCAUCACUGUCCAGGACACAUCUACUCCAUCGCCCACCACUGGUCAGGAGAUAUCUGAGCAGACGUCCAAUACUAUCCAGGACACAUCUACUCAGACGUCCACGGCUGCUGUGGAGUCACCUCCAGACCUUUCUUGUGCCAUUUGCUUCAAUAUUUACACUGAUCCCGUCACACUGCAGUGUGGACAUAACUUCUGUAAGACCUGUGUUCAAGACCACUGGAGGAGGAAGGCCAGUCGUAAAUGUCCUCUUUGCAGAGGCGUCACCCAACAUGAUCCUCCAACUAAUUUUGAUUUGAGGAGAAUGUGCGAACGAGAGAAAAGUGGGGGCUGCCAAUCAAGAUGGAGGGACUCGCAUCAGGUUUUGUCGAAGGAGGUCCAAGAGGAGCAUGAAGAUUUCGACAAAGUGAAACAGUUCUGUAGUCCAUCGAUUGACCUCAUUAAAGUUCAGAGCCAGAACGUGGAGAAGAAGAUUAAAAAGGACUUUGAGAAGCUUCGUCUGUUCCUCAGAGAAGAGGAAGCCACCAGAGUAGCAGCAGUGAAAGAAGAAGAAAGGCAUAAAAUUAGCCGGAUGGAAAAGAUCAUGAAGCUCAGAAGAGACACUCUGAUGCUCUCUGACACCGUGAAGGACCUGGAAGACUUAGGAGACGGUCCGCUACUGUUGAAAUUCAAAGCUGAUAUGGAGAGAGCUCAGAACUCGCUGCCGGAUCCAAAGCAACUUCCAGAGGCUCAGAUCGACAAAGGCCAACAUGUGGACAACCUUCAGUUCAGGAUCUGUGAGAAGAUGAUGAACAUGAUGAAGCCCAGAUCUGCAGAUCAGGACUCCACCACAUCUACAAGGAGGUCUACACCUUUAAGCCUGAGGAUAGUCGAAGCUCAGGACACCUUGGUAGAAAUAGGCAUUAAAGAGGGAAUGUGCUAUCCAGAGCAAAGAUACUGA